AAUAAUAUAUAUAGCAACACGAUGUCGUUUUCACUAAAAAAAACUUAACAACACGUCGCCGUUUGGUAAUGACCCAAUCGGCGAAAUCUGAGAAGACUAAAACCCUAAGGUAAACCUGAGAGAACAAGCCAGAGCUAAUCUCUUGUCGGAAGGAAGAAGGAUCAAAAAUGCCGCUCUACGACUGUAUGCUUCUGUUCAAGCCUAUAAUCAGGAAGGAGGGCCUCAUCGACCUCGUUGCGCGCAUUGGUAAACACGUUUACAGCAGAAAUGGCGUCCUCACCGAGAUCAAAUCCUUUGGCAAGGUCGAAUUGGGUUACGGUAUUAGAAAGCUCGACGGAAGACACUAUCAGGGACAAUUGAUGCAGAUAACAAUGAUGACAACUCCAAACAUGAACAAGGAGCUUCACUACCUGAACAAGGAAGACAAACUGCUGCGCUGGCUCUUAGUUAAACACCGUGACAUCAAGAUUGGACAGUCGGAAAAGGAAGAUAGUCUGACUGUGCCUAACAGACUCACUAGUGGGAGCUUAUAUGAUGGAUCCUCCUCGGACGAAGAUGACAACAACAUUUUAGGGUUAUCACGAUGAGGAAAUCAAUUUCUUUGAAAUGUUUACUCAGACAAUUUCUUCAUGGGAGUCCCCUUCAAUGGUUAUGAAUGUUUUUGGUUACAUGAAGUGGUGGUAUGCGUUUUGCGUAGACAAUGAAAUAAAUUAAUUUUAUGUAAUAAUAAUUUUUAGGUAAAUUGAACUAAAUUUCAUGUGUUUUAUUGUUUUCGCUAUUUUCCUAGUGGAUAUUCAACGUCAUCAAUUGGGUUGACAACCCCGAAUUAAAUGCCACGUG